AUGAAGUGUUUCCCAGGCAUCGCCGCCACCAACCCCAAUAUCGGGGAUCCUUGGAAUCCAAGUUAUCCUUGCAGGAAUGUUCCUCUAAAGAUUUUGACAGCUAUUUGCGGUCACAUCGAAUUCCAGCCAUGCUCCCGCUUUGGGGACACUCGCCCGUGCACACACGCAAUCGUGACACCAACUGUUGGCGCCGAUGUCUCCCGCAACGCCUCGUGGCAUCGUGCGACGGAGUCCCAAAAGAAACACCCCAUUCUUUGCCACACGCCGCACCAUGACGAUGGAUGGCCUGGAAUGAAAGGCGAAACCGCCCGGAAGCGCACCGAGCUUUCCGGCAGGAAGGCCGGGAAUUUCGUUGUCUUCGGUCUAGGCGGCCUGCUUGACCCGAACCGCCUAAAGUCCAUCCAUGUCUUGUUGAAGACGACCUUUCAUCUCAUUGAACGACCUGGUUCCGAGGGAACUGUAAGCCGCUUCAACGGAUGGCUUACAGGUAAGGACGCCACGCCCCUCGCUAGCUACCCUCUUUCAUCCCAAACAUAG